AUGACAUCCACACCAUCCACUACCAGCCGCAUCCAUGCGACGGCUAUUGAGAAUGCAUUUCCUACUCCCCCGGCAGGCGACAAUGCGCAAGAGGGUGCAUUCGACCUCAAAGGCCGCAUGUCUCCAUCCCCGCACAAAUUUUCCUUGUUGCAACGUGCCCAGUCGACUCCUCCUGAGCUUACGCACUCAAACCAAUUCACUCUCCUCGCAAAGAACUCAAAAGGGCAGCCAUCGGAUUUAGCCAGCUUAGAACAGUCAUGGAGCAGGCUACGGUUGUCCAAGAAGAGGAGCCAAUACUACGAUGAUGCCUUCGCCUAUCGAGAGUCAAACAAUACGGCAAAGGAACGGGUGGCGAAAGACUGGGUGAUCCUGGCCGAAGUCAAGCUCAACUGCUGCCUCGAAUCCGAGAAAGGAUUUCUCAUCGACCUGUCUUUCCGGUUGUCGGAGAUUUACCAACGCCCUGCGUCGUGCAUCAUGGUGAUGGUCACGACUGACAUUCCAAUACUUCUCGGGGGUAAUUCCGAACCAGCAUACCAUCUUACCAUUACAGCUUUAGCGUCAGAGAUAGCAGCGACCAAAAACAAGAGAAGUACACAUUUGAUUCAGGAUUUUAUUCAUGAUACACUUCAAAUUCCGCCAAAGCGGGGAGUUGUCCGAUUCGACGCCGUCACGGAAGAGAACCUGGCAACCAAUGGAAUGACUGCGUUACAAGAAAUUGAGCAGCUGGAGAGACGGUCUAACGACGAAGAUGUACAUCAGAACUUGUACUUCUUCGUCUUUCCAUAUCCUCCUUUACCGCAAUCGCUCAAAAAUAUGGAUCUGAGCCAGCAUGCUAAACACUACAGGCUCCUCGGCCUGCGAGAUGAUGCAUCAUUAGAAGAGCUCGACGAGAGAUAUUUUGAACUUACAGAAUACUGGACCAUGAGAAGUGAAAACAGCGAGUCCAAGCUGGAAUUACAUCUCAUCGACGAAGCUUACAAGGCCCUGCUGUCAAGAUUCUUGGGGGAGGGAGAAGAGACGCGUCGCAUGACAACGCGACCAUACACCAUGAAGGAGGUUGUGCAAGGCCAAGACCGAAUUACAAGAUCUUGCCUCGACAACGGUGAGAUGUGGAAUCCACUCCGGGAAAAGAGGUCUCCCUCGUUCGAGUUUGAGGAUAUUGCCGACCGACUUAGGGCCGAAGCCGCUGAAAGAGAUGAGAAUUGCUCGGGAAGUGCUCCAGGAUUUUCGAUCAGCGACCUCGCAGGCGACCUUGACGAUGCGCCGGACAGAGCGGUCAUUGUCCAUGCCGUCAAUUGCCAAGGAGCUUGGGGUUAUGGAGUCGCAUUGUAUCUUAAACGACUGUGCCCACAAGCUUUCAGGAUCUACCAAGAGCACUGCGAGACAGCAGAUCGACCGUACGAUCUCAUUGGAACUUGCUUGCUUAUUCCUCCACAGCCUUUGGACUACGAACAAGAGAUCAUGAUCAAGCUCAAGGGUACAAACAAAACCAUCCCUACAGGAGACGUAGUUUGCAGGCCGCGGCGUUGGAUCGCUUGCCUCUUCACAAGCAUCGGCUACGGAAAACCAAAUAUGAAAACCAACAACCCAGGCAAGGACUCCACGACGAAGAUUAUUCCCCAUACAAGAAUGGCGCUCGAAGAGCUCAGAGUCCAACUGGAGGCUUUUGGUCCCUCGAAUUUCUCCCCUACAACCGCUUGGCACACAGACAGAAACAAACCAGGGGAAAUCUGGAGUCCGAAAUUCAACAGCGGCGCAUUCGGAGUGGAUUGGGAGGACACGCGCAUGCUGAUCACUGAAGAGUUUAAAGGAUUCGAGCGGCCUUGGACUGUGGUUGAGAAGGCGAACGGAACGGAAAAGGGAUCUACGCCUGACAGGAAGGGUGAUGUUGAUCUUUGA